AUGGCUGCCCGCAAGCAGAAGCUCAAUCUCGAUAAGAUGACAGUCAUACAGCACAGUAAUGCCCAGGCUAACCGGAACAACCGUCCGUUUCUUCGUCUGCCUGGCGAGAUCCGCAACCUACUCUACGGCUACGCCCUCGGCGGCCAUGAGCUCCGCCAAACCCGCACCGGCCCAACUGGGGAAGCCGCCUAUGGUUCUCAUUAG